ACCGGGCAUGAUAGAGCUCCAGUGGACAGCGAAGCGUUAAGGGUCAUUUCUUGCACAGCCAGCACACGAUCGCCCGGUCAGUCUUGCUGUUGAUCGCAGCGCGAAAGGUUCGCCGGGAAAGUAAAACAACCAACAACCGCACAAUCAGUAUGAGUGCACUAUCGACGGUACUGCUGCUAGCGGGACUAGUGGCCUGUGUUGCCGGGCUGCUGACGGACGAAGCCUGCCCACAAGAUGUGACGGCUAUGAGUGGCUUUUCGCUGAACGAUUACGCCGGCCGCUGGUACGAGAUCAAGCGGUACGAGCAGUUCUACGAGAAGGAUCUGGACUGCGUGAUGGCCGAGUAUCAGAAGACGGGCGACAACAGCAUCUCGGUGAAGAAUGGUGCCUUCAGCCUGGCGAACAAUACGCGCGUGGUGGCGGACGGUACGGCCGUGGUAUCGUACCCGGACGAUACGACCCAUCCGGCCAAGCUGAGCGUCGCGUUCUUCGGAGCAAAGCCCGAUCGUAGCAACUACUGGGUGCUGGACACCGACUACACCUCGUUCGCCGUCGUCUGGUCCUGUGAGCCGUUCUUCCGCGAUCCCUCCAAGAAUGUCCUCGGUUUCUGGAUCUUCUCGCGCAACCCAACCUUCCCGACCGACGAAGCGGUGGUGAAGCGCGUGGACGAGCUGGUGAAGAAGUACGCCGACGCGUCCAAGUUCGAAGUGCCGAACCAAUCGGACGAACGAUGCCCCCGAUCUUACGAGAUGUGCCACCAGCGCCGGGCAUGGGAUACGAAGACACAUUGGCUGAAAGCAAGCUUUGACUCACAGUUUAAAGUUACAGCGAUGAAAAUGUUGCAGCAGUUGGUUUGUGGCGCCCUCUUCCUGGCCACCCUAGUACAGGGGACGAUUUUCGAGCGACCGUGCCGUACGGAUGUUGCCGUUGUGCAGGACUUCCAGGUGGAUCAGUAUCUCGGCCUGUGGUACGAUCUGGAACACUACGAGGCCAGCUUUUCGCAGAACACGGAUUGCAUAACGGCCGAGUACAGCCGGUACGCGAACGGUUCGAUCCGGGUGUUCAAUUCGGCCGUCCGGCUCACCGACGGGCUGCUGUACGCCGUGGACGGACUGGCACUGCUGAGCUACCCGGAGGCGGAAGUGCUGGAGGCAAAGCUGAACGUUUCAUUCUACGGUGCACCGAAUGAUCAAUCAAACUACUGGAUAUUGGAUACGGACUACGAGAACUACGCGAUUGUGUGGAGCUGCAAACCGAUCGGAGAGAAACGAUCGUUCGAGAACUAUGGGCUGCUUUCCCGCACCCCAGCGCUGCCGGAGGAUGAGGAGCUGAGGGAGAAGAUUGAAAUGCUUAAGGAGCAGAACGGCAUCAUCGACGAUGAGCUCAUCAUUACGGAACAUUUUGCCGAAGGUUGCAACAAUAAGGUGGAGCACAGCCUUACGACCGCCAACUUACGUGCACCGAAGAAGGACACGUUCAGCUUGCCCUGCACGACCUCCUCGUCCGGGAAGGACAGCACCGCCCGGCCGAGCGCAUUGAUCGACGAUCCGUUGAACAGGUUGGAAGAUGGUUCCGAUCUUGUAGGAGUUACCAUCUCUAUUCACUACACUACCAAGCCCUAUCUUGGCAAGUGGUACGAGCUGGAACGGUACGAGCAGGACUACGAGCGUAACAUGGAGUGCGUGUCGAUCGUGUACCGCUGGCAGCAACCGCUCGAAACGCUCGACUUGAACUAUCGUGGCUAUCUGCCGCACAAUGCCACCGUCAACACCUUCACCGGUAGCGGUGUGUUCAGCCAAGAGCCGGCGCAGGAAACCGCAAAUACUACGGCGCCUACUACGGCUGCGAAGCUGCUCGUAUCGUUUGGCAGAGUGUACAAUGCCACCAACUACUGGGUAGUGGAUACCGAUUACGUCAACUACGCGAUCGUGUACUCCUGCGUGACGUUCGCCGAGAUGGGCCAGGCCGUCGAGGGCUACUGGCUGCUGGCACGCGCACCCAACCUGCCGGACAACCAGACAGUGAUCGAGCGCGUCAAAUACCUGCGCUCCACAUACUUCCAGGUGUCGCACAUGCGCUUCACAAACCACACCGAGGAACUCGCACACAAUAAAGAUGGAAUGAAAACAGAAACUGAAAGUGUGGUUUGUUUGGCGAGGGUCAGCUCGUCGUGCCAGUUUGCCGGUAGCUGUCGUAGCGAUAAGAGCAUCAUGUCGUUCUUAGCCGAUGUACGGUGUUUGUUUGUGGUGCUGGUGGCGGCCGGCUCGAUUGCGCUGGCCCAACGGAUCGUCAGUCAACCGUGCCCGGACCCGGCCAACCGUCCGGUCGUGCAGUAUUUCGAUCUGCAAAGGUACGUUGACGGCCGAUGGUACGAGAUCUCGCGGUACGAUCAACACUUCGAGAAGGACUGUGACUGCGGGUACGCCACGUACACACCGCUGGCGGAUGGGUCGGUGCGGGUGCAGAACUGCUGCGAACGGUUGCCCAACACAACGGUCAAGUGUAGCAUCGGCAAGGCGGUGGUUAGCUAUCCGGACGUGUUCCCGCUGGAAGGCAGAUUUAAUGUCACAUUCGGUGGACCUCCGAAAAACUCCAACUACUGGAUCCUAGACACGGACUAUGACAACUACGCGCUGAUCUACUACUGCAAGAAUCUGUCCGAGAGCAAGUCGGCCGAAGCGGCCUGGGUACUGUCGAAGCAGCGAACGAUCCAUCCGUCGGUGCAGGACACUGUCGACGGGCUGGUGGACAAGUACUUUGUGCGACAGGAUAUGCGCAUCACGGAGCAAAGUCAGAACAAACGUGAGAUGCAACGCUUUGUGAUCUUCCCGCUAGAUCAAUGUAGGGUUGUCGGGAGUGUCCAGAGCGGCUCAAAUCAGUUCGUGGUGUUCAGUGGCGCGCAGUGUAACAGUGCUUGCAGUGGUUUACAUUUUAGCCGAAUUUAUCACUUUCUAAGCCAAACGGCCCCAGUGACCUUCACACGAACAGAAAAGGGGCGUCUAAUUGCCAAACUUGCUCAAAGUGAACAGCGCGCAGCCAGCAUGAAAACGUUCCCUUGUUGGAUGAUCGCGAUGGCGUACCUUUGGUGUGCCGUCGAUGGAAGUCAAGGAGGUCUGCUCACCCUCUCCUGCAUGACGUUUGAGGAGGAUUAUAACUUUAAAGAGGAUAAGUUCGAUGGUACGUGGUACGAGGUGCGGCGGCUGAGCGAUCCCAGCGCCACCCAGCACGAGGACUGUGUGGUGAUGAACUACAAGCUCGGCGAGCAGGGCAGCUUCGAGAUACGGGAAUCGUACCAGGUGGGCGACGAGAGCGAACCGAUCUACCGGAGUGGCAGGGCCGAACCGAAGGUCUUCCAGGACGCUCGCAUUCCCAAAUUUUUCGAGCGCUUCAACACGACCGAUCCGGCCGAUCCGGACAUCUCGAUCGACAUCGUAGCGACGGACUACAGCAGCUACGCGGUCGUGUACUCCUGCACCUCGAUCAAUUCCACGCACCAUCUCGAAUCGGCCUGGGUACUGUCGCGCCAACAGGCCCUCGCGAAGAAUGUGGUCGAGCUGGUGAACCUCUUCCUGGAGUCGCGCUUCACCCGGCCCGAUCACAAGUGGCGUGCGACGGUACAUACGGCCGACUACUGUAAGCCCACGUCCAUCGAGGAGCUGCCGAUGUACGCGGGCGCGGGCACUCGCACCGCCCUCAGCGUGCUGGUCGUCCUGCUGGGAAUGCUGCUGGUUGUGCUGCUAUACUAAGCAGCAUCCCUUCAUUCAUGUUUUAUCCCGCAUCUCCCCCCCCCCCCCCCUAGUCAUAGUGUACGUGUGCGCGCGCCUCGUUAGUGUAAGCUCUUGCAUGUAAACCCCACCAAGGCUGUAUGGAAAGUGAAGUAAACUGUGUACUACGGUCACUGGCCCAGUUCCAGUUCCGCUUGGGCAAAAGUUUGGUGCGUUUGUUGCUG